GAGAGAGAAAGAGAGAGAGAGAGAGGCACUCUGAACAUGCUGAAGGGAGGGAGGAGGGGAGGAUAGCAAGCGAGGGAUGGGGAGAUUGCUGGACCGAACGGAUAGAAGUGUUACUACAGAGCUGCUGCUGCUGGAGGACGGGCUGGGAGUCGAGGAUAAUGCUCCAUCCCUCAGAGUACAGCGGCACGCCGGACACCUUGUAAUUUCUCGUGGCGGUGGCGGCGGCAGCUGUGGAGGAGGAGGAUCUUCAUUGUUGCAGCAGUGAUUGUCUUUUCUUUUCUUUUUUUUUUUUUUCCUUUCACCACAGUCUUCUUCAUCAUCUUCCUGCUCGCCCCUCCUCACUCCUUCUUCCUCUGCAACUGGCAGCCGCCCCCCCUUCUCUUUUCUACUUCUAUCCCUUUUUUCCAGAGGAGGGAUUUCUGUAUUUCAUCAGGGAUUGUAGAAGACAUGUCUCUCUGGGAAUGAUGGUGUUGACACUGGUGCCCCCCUCUCUGUCGCCAUGACGAUGCCAUUCAGCCCCCUGUCCAGCGACGAGGAGCAACAAAGGAUGCUGGGAAACAAUCGACACCUCUAUCCAGGGGCAGAGGACGAGGAAGACGAGGAGGAGGAAGAGGAGGAGGAAAUGGAAGAAGAUGAGCGUGAUGAGGAUGGGGAGGAGGAGGAGAAUGGUGAGCUGGAGGGGGAGGAGGAAGAUGAUGAAGAGGAGAUGGUGGAGGAGGUCAGGCGAGGAGGCCUGUCAAGGGGGGGCAGAGGUGAAGUACACAGGCAGUCAGGUAAACUGGCCGGACGACCCGGCGGGGACAGACAGAUCCGGCCAGGGAACCCUGUGCACACCACUAACCCCUAUUCAUCCAACCCCGCACCCACACACCAACAGCCAGCCAAUCAGAUACAGCAGCAGCAGCAGAGGAGGCUGAAGGAGCGCAGCGCCAGCUCGGUGCCAUCUGAGGACACCCACAUCGCCAUGAUGGUGUUUCGUAUUGGGAUUCCAGACAUAAAGCAAACGAAAUGUUUGCGGUUUAACCCGGAUGCCACGGUGUGGAAGGCCAAGCAGCAGGUGCUGUGCUCCCUUACCGAAUCCCUGCGGGACGUCCUGAACUACGGUCUGUUCCAGCCGGCCACCGACGGCCACGAUGCCAAGUUCUUGGAGGAGGAGAGACUGCUCAGAGAGUACCCACAGUCCUUUGAGAAAGGGGUACCAUAUUUGGAGUUUCGAUACAAGACCAGGGUGUACAAACAGACCAAUCUGGAUGAGAAGCAACUGGCCAAACUGCACACUAAGGCCAGCCUGAAGAAAUUCAUGGAUUAUAUUCAAACCAGCGCUGUGGACAAGAUGGCCAAGUUCAUAGACAAGGGUCUGGAUCCCAACUACCAGGAUGCUGACACUGGCGAGACUGCUCUGUCCCUGGCGGUGCAGUGUGAGCCGGGUGGAGGUGAGGCCAUCCGGGUCCUUGUGGAGGGAGGGGCUCAUAUUGACUUCCGCGCCAAAGAUGGACUCACACCGCUACACAAAGCUGUUCGGGGUCACCGCCAUACAGCCCUGCUGGUCCUGCUGUCUCUGGGUGCGUCUCCGGACUAUAAGGACCGGCGAGGGCUGACGCCGCUCUACCACACUGUGCUGACAGGGGGCGACACCUCCUGCUGCGAAACACUGCUUUACCACCGCGCCAAGCUGGGCAUCAGGGAUGAGAACGGCUGGGAUGAGACACAUCAGGCCUGUCAGAAUGGUAACUCGCAGCAUCUGGAGCACCUCCUCUUCUAUGGGGCGGAUUCCUCCUCCCAGAAUGCCUCUGGAAACACUGCCUUGCACAUCUGUGCUUUAUACAACAAGGAAAGCUGUGCACGAAUCCUGCUCUACCGGGGAGCAAAUAAAGAUACGAAGAAUAACAGCGGGCAAACCCCCUUUCAGGUGGCUGUCAUGUCUGGCCAUUUUGAGCUAGGAGAAAUUAUCAAAAACCACCGGGAUACGGACGUGGUUCCCUUUGUGGAGUCUCCAAAGUACGCCCCACAGAGACGGGAGAGCGGCAGGACGCUGACAAUUCCCCACCCUCACCCCUUCCUGCGGGCCAACAGUGACAGCAGCAUGAACCUGCCAGACUGGAUGGCAGUGCCCAACGCGCCGGGGACCAACAUCGUCUCUGUGCAGGGCUAUAAACAUACUGGUACACUGCGGAGCUCCAGCAGUCCCAGGGGGGCGAGGACACGCUCCCCGUCCCGAGGGAGGAUCGGAGACAAGGAGGACCGGAGCAGGCAGAGUCGGAGACAGGGGCCUGCCCCCGCCACCACCACCGUACAAACUGCGGGGCAGCGCAGACGCCUCUACAGCGCAGUCCCAGGACGAGUCUUUGUAGCUACUCGAGCACACUCUGCACAGGGAGAGCGAGAAAUUAGCUUCAAUAAGGGAGACAGGGUCAAAGUGUUGAGCGUUGGCGAGGGCGGUUACUGGGAGGGGACAGUCAGGGGUCGCACAGGCUGGUUCCCCUCCGACUGUGUGGAGGAAGUGAUGCUUCGAAGCCAAGACAACCGAUCAGAGAGCCGCGGAGAACGAGCCAAAAGGCUGUUCCGCCAUUACACUGUGGGAUCCUACGACAGCUUUGAUGCUCCCAGCGACUACAUAAUCAAGGAGAAGACAGUGCUUCUGCAGAAAAAGGACAGCGAGGGUUUUGGCUUUGUGCUGCGAGGAGCCAAAGCUCAGACUCCUAUCGAGGAGUUUACUCCCACCCCAGCCUUCCCUGCCCUGCAGUACCUGGAGUCAGUGGACGAGGGCGGCGUGGCCUGGAGAGCCGGACUCAGGAUGGGGGAUUUCCUGAUAGAGGUCAACGGUCAGAACGUGGUGAAAGUCGGACACCGGCAGGUCGUCAACAUGAUCCGCCAAGGUGGCAACAGCCUCAUGGUCAAGGUUGUCAUGGUUACCCGCAACCCCGACAUGGAGGAGGGUUCGAGGAAGAAGAUUCCCCAGCAGAGUAAGAGGCUGAGCACUCCGGCCAUCGCCCUGCGAUCCAAAUCCAUGACUUCAGAGCUGGAGGAGAUGGUGGAGAGAGCUGCUACGCCUUGGAAAAAAAAAUCAGAAUUCGAAUCCUCACAAGUUACGGAGAAGAAGAGGACGGUCUAUCAGAUGGCUUUGAAUAAACUAGAUGAAAUUCUUGCAGCAGCUCAGCAGACAAUCAGCACCAAUGAGGCGCCGGGGACACGGGGACAGGGGCCAAAAAGAGACAGGGGGCGAAGUUUCUAUGGCAAUGAGCCAAAUUAUGCGGAUCAGUCCGGGAUGGGGAUGAUGUCAUCGGGGUUGGGCCUUGGCUAUGACCGCGGACAGUACACCUCAGGUCACGGCCCACCGCACGGUAUGCUGCGGCAGAAAUCCAUCGGGGUGCCUGAGGAGGAGAAGCAGUUCCUGCAUCCUCCAACCAUGAAGUUUGCACGCAGUCUGUCGGUGCCCGGCCCAGACGACAUCCCCCCUCCUCCCACCACUGCGCCACCAGACCCUCCGUUCUCCUCUGCUCCGCCGCUAGGUUGGAGAGCUAAGUCAUCUCAGCAGCCCUCUGUCUCCGUGUCCCAGUCCACAUCCACCUCCGCGCACUACCAGCCCUACUCCCAGUCAGUGCACUUCACCCAUGGGGGCAGGGAGAGGGCAGGAGGUACCACCGCUGGCCCCGGUGCGGUGGACCACACCACCUCGUAUGCACACGCAGCUGCCCACACGGCUCAAAGCAGGACUGCUUCGCGGAAGGUUGCUUACACUGGGGAGGCUGUUGGAGCUGGUGGAGGGGCAAAGGCAGCGGGUCUUAGGAGAGGCUACAGCACCGCCGUCCCCCCAUCCAGCAUUGCCACUGUAAUGCCCCAGCAACAACAGACUACCCAGAGUCAACCCCAGCGAGCAGACCGCGGUGCAGCUGGGGCUGGGGCAGGGGGUCCUAAAGGAGGGGCCCGCAGAGGUAAGGGCCCCCUGGUGAAGCAAUCCAAGGUAGAGGACCUGCGCAUGGGCCAAGGUACACUCGGGGGCAAAGGCUCGGUUGAGAAAAGCUCCAUCCCCAUCCCCACCAUAAUAGUCAAGGCUCCUUCAACCAGCAGCAGUGGACGCAGCAGCCAGGGCAGCAGCGUGGAGGCCGAUGCUCCUGCAUCAGGGGAGGCAGACGAAGCCAAAACACCCCACGGACCUCCUCCCUCCACUCCCGCUCCACAGCCGCCUGCUCCGCCUUCCAUCCCAGCACCACCACCUCCAUCCUUGCCUUCUAUCCGAGCCCAGGAAAACCUGGACUUUACCAGCCAGUUCGGGGCCGCCAUUGUUGGCGCAGCUCGCCGAGACAGGGAGCGGUUUCACGAAGCCCGCAGAAAGAGCGCCUCCUUGUUCAUGUCUGCUGAGGAGGACGUGAGUCUUGGGGAUGGAGUAGGAGGAGUAACAAGGACUCAGGUGUCACAGCAACAGCUCAGCACACAGGCUGAAAGUUCAUCGACACGGCUGCGCCCGUCCAAGUCUAUUGACGAGGGCAUGUUCUCUGGGGACACCUUUAUCCAUCACACCCGCAGUAUGCCUCCAGCCUUUGGUCUACCUGAGUACUCCUCAUCUGCCCUGGACUAUCAGCCUAAGUCUGUGCCUACUGACUUGUACACAGCCGCAGGCAGGCAGGCAGCACCCUCCACUACCACCACCUUUAUUCACCCUCUAACAGGAAAGGCUCUUGACCCCACAUCGCCACUCGGCCUCGCCCUGGCCGCCAGAGAGCGUGCUCUGCGGGACGAUACCAGGUUGAGGAGGGGAACAGAGCACCAUUUCACCCGCCAGAUGUCGAGUGUGGUGUUUCCAUCAUCUACUGUCACGUCUCAGCCGGUGUCAUCUGCCGCUCAGUCCUCCAGCUCCUCCUACCUGGUCACGUCGUCUUCUCUGGCCGCCACUACACCCACUGUCGGCCGCCCACCCUCACCCAGAAUCCUCAGAGGAGUUGGGAGCGGGUGGGGUGAGGAGGGCGGUGGAGGAGAGAGGGAGCGGGAAGGAGGCGGGGCUCGCGAGGGGCUAAGAGUUCGCUUCUCUGAGGACAAAACGGUCCACACACACCACUACCAGUCUCAGCCGUAUCAACCGACCUACAAGGAGAGGGAGCGCGAGAGGUCGAGGGAGCGGGAGAGGGAGCUGUCGAGGGAAAGAGAGAGAGACAAAGAGAGAGAGGGUUACAUGAGGAGGGCAGAGCAGGCUGCUGACAGCUCUGCUCAGCAGGCGGCUCAGUCUCAGCCGCCUCGGAGGCCGUCUUUCCUCAGGAUGGAAAGUCAAGCCGACGCCUAUAUCCUGUCCCUCACCCCUCCCUCUCCUCCACCUACCAGCUCUCAGCAGACAGGGACCGCUACUGGGAGCGCUGGUUCUGGCCUGAUGGUUCUCCCUCCACCUGCCCCCUCGGUCGACGCGGACGAUGAGUUUGUCUACGCAGACCCCCUCCCGCCUCCGUUAGAGUUUGCCAACAGCUUCGACAGAGGAAUAGGGGCGAUAUCAGGGUAUGCACAACACGGGAUGCUCCCUAACAGCCUGACCUCCCGCCAACAGCAGGUUCCACCCCCUCCACCUCCUCCCCCACCUCCCCCACCACCGCCACCGCCUCCACCCCCCCAAAAAGAACCAUUUGUAAGUGGGUUCCCUGCUCAUACACCCCUGCCCUCGCCUCAGGCAGGGGACUCCACCGCCUCCAGCCUCACGUCUUACGACAGCGAGGUGGCUAACCUGACUCAGUCUGCUCCCUCCCCCUCCCAAACGUCACCCAAUCCCCCACCCCCUCACUCACCUUCCACCCUGCAGCCCACCUCAAUAGCGGGACCUCCUCCUCCCCCGUCAGUCUCACCGCCGCCCCCUCCCGGAUCCUACCACAGACCCUUCUCUAUGGCCCACCCCCACCACCUUUACAACAGCACUAGCACUCCUGGGCGCUCCUCUCCCACGCCUCCCCCGCACACAGUCGCGCCUCCCCCGGCCUACCGUGGUCCCCCAGCGCCCUCCUCCACUGCUGCCACCUCCGCUCCGCUCAGGGGCACUGCCUCCCAAGCCACGACCGCUAGCUGUGCCGCUAUAACCACCACUGCUGCCACCACAACAAGCACCUCCACUCAGCUCUACCACGAGCGAACACAUACCGCACAUACAACAUCCUCCACCGCCAUCACGGGCAGUCGCAGGACAGGGGAGCACCACCGCCAUCCCCCUGCUACCAAGAAAGGAGAGUCCCAGGAGACAGUGGUGGACUCUGGGAUUGAAGAGCUGGACAGCCGCAGCAGCAGCGACCACCACCUGGACAGCAUCCUGGCUCUAAGUGGAGCCGGGGUCCGAGGUGACAGGCUGGACCGAGGGGACAGAGGAGUUGGAGCUGGACGAAUGGGAGGGGGAGGUGGGACAGUGGAAUCGGAAAGGGCGGGAGAUUUUCUGGAGUCUUACAUGAGCUACCUGGACGGACAAACUUUUGAGAUGCAGAACGCCACAGCGGCAGCCUCCACCUACCCAAAAACCAGCAGGUUCAGAGACGGGGGCCGUGCCGGGGAUCUACACAGACAGACCAGUACCGCUCCUGCAUCCUUCCACUCCCACAGAAGAAGAGAUGAGCAGGACGACGACGACGGCGAGGAGGGAGCGACAGAGGACGAAAGUGGCCAGGACGGGUACGGGGUGAGGGACAUGCAGAAUUUGGGACGUCCCACUUCACCAUACUUUGAUCGGCCACGCACUCCUGAGAUGAAGCCCCUCUGGGGCGAGGGGCAAAUGAGCGGCGAUGGUCAGUCUGGGACUCUUUUAGAGGGGAAGAAGAUCUACCCACCUGCGUCCAGUAUGAAGCCCAGCAUCAUUAAUGAGCUGAGCAGCAAACUGCAGCAGAGGAGCAAAGACAGCUGGAGCAGCCAGAGACCACUGAGCAGACACAGAUUUUCAGAAGACUCAGCCUCAGCUCUGAGCCCCCCCUCAGCUCGAUCCCAGUCCCCGUCUCCAAUCUCGUUAUCACAGCCAUCGCUGUCCCCGUCCCCUACACCGACCUCCCAUUACCCUAACUGGGGACGGUCCUCAUCUCCUCAGCCUUCAGUUGGAGCUCAGCCUCCGCGAUCACAUUCCCCGCUGUCCCCGACAUCUUAUUCCCCUUACCCCACCUCGCCCAAACACAGACCUGUCUACCGGACCAAAGCCCUAGAAUUUCAGUUCAUCCCUAGUCGCGAGUCCCGCAAAGCAGAGUCACACAUGCUCCAGCGUCGGCGAGCACCAAGCCCCCUCAUCUCCCCGUCAGAGAGGCCCAAGCUGGGCCCACCACGUCCAUCAUCCCUUCCGCUCCUCCCCACCACACCCCUAUACAGCGCCAUCUACGACCUCCGAGGUUCAAUCACCCCGCCGUCACCCGGGAACCCUCUUGGCGAUCCUUACUUCUCUCCCUCUCCUCCCCUGUUCGCCCCCUCUGGUGCCCCUCCUCCUCCAAACUCCACUUUAGUUGUUUCACGAUCCCUCUCUCCAACACACUUCCUGUCUGGGACCUCUUCUCCACCCCUGCAUCCUCUCCCUCCACCCCCCUGCUUGAGUUACCCCCAUCUACCGCCCCCUUCCCCUACGAAGCCGUUUGCCUCCAAGCCGCUGCCCUAUUGGACCAAGUAUGACGUUGCAGACUGGCUAGGAUACCUGAAUCUGGGUGAGCACAGAGAGCGUUUCCUGGACAACGAGAUUGACGGCACCCACCUGCCCUCCCUGACCAAGGAAGACUAUCUGGACUUGGGCGUGACACGUGUGGGCCACCGCAUGAACAUAGAACGGGCCCUGAGGAGCGUAAUGGACAGGCUGUCCAGCAGCCCAUUCCCCAUUUCUGUUCUCUCACCUCGGGAUGGACAGACUGAGAGGAGGAGGGACGACGGGAGUCGGAGCUGAGCUUGCAAACGCAGAGACAGAAAGAGAGAGAGAGAGAGAGAGAGAAGGAAGGAGGGGUUGGAGUCAAUGAGGGAGGAAGACACAACUGCUGCUGUCCAUGGUGGAUUCACACGACAAAUGAGCGGGGAACAGAUUUCACACAGAGAGCGACAGAGAGAGGGAGUCGAGUCCCAAAGGGAGAUGGAAACACGGGACGGGAAAAAAAAAGGGCUGACGAUCCAUAAAGACAACGGCUGGCGCUCCCCAGUUGUGGCAGGCUGAUUUACACAAGUACACUCCCCCACAUGCAUGCACGGCCACACCGAUCAACAAACACAAACACCCUCUCAUCCAAAAUGCAUAUGAAGACACUAUGGCUGCAGCAGCUAUUAUCAAAUGCCACUUUUUUUAAAAAGGAGUUGAGCAGGUUGUGUUGGCUAGAGGAGAAGAUAAAGGUGUCCUCCAUUGUGCACAUGGUGUUUUUGAAAAGUCCUUGUUACCCCUCAGCCAGCUGGUUAAAUCUGUUCGAGCUUAAGAGUGGAACCCACCAAGAAUAUUUAGUGCAAUCAAAGACAACCCCUCCCUGCCUGAGUGGAUGCUGGUUUUAAAAUGUGUCUGAAAAUCAUAGAUGAGUGAACGGGCAUGACGGUCUGCAGGAGUGAGGCCACGUCGGUCCGUACGGUGAACGUUGGUCGACGCAGGGCAGUGUGUCACGACAGCUUCCACGUCUUUCAGAGGUGACGAGAGUGCAGACAGCUGGGUCGGUUCAGGCCAAGGUGGCUCGCUGUGAUUGGUUAUGUCUUGUUUUUACCUCACCACUGGUAGGGCUCUGUCCUCACUGCAGGUCCUGUCAUCAGGAUCUCAUGUGUUUCUCUAUAGCUCUUUAUCAUCUUAAGUCUUAUAAUGACAUAUAUACAGACUGGUCACUGUAUCACAAAAUUUGUAGCAAAAAUAAGUGCCCAGACCAACAACAUAAAAAAAAAAAAGAAACACACUGAUACAAACACACACAGGCACCCAAGUUACUACUAUACAUGCCUGCAUGCAUACACUAACAUGUAGUACCACACAUACACACACACACACACACACACACACACACACACACACACGCAAGCACUUCCCUGUGUUUGUGUUAGAGUUUAUGGGACACCUUAUAUAUAGACACACACUAUAUGUUUGGAUCCGAGAUGUACUUAUACAAAAGGAGACAGACUGUGACGGGACACGAGACAAUGUGAAGAGAAAUCUCCCCGAGGAUUUUAUUUACCGGGAUAAGACUUCCUCAGUGCGAGGCACCUGUCGUACACCCUCCCCCCCCGACCCCCACAUUCUGACCUUGUGUGAGGUCCGAGGGAGCCUGGAAAGGAGAGGGGAGGGGAAGAGGAAAAACUGCCAUUUUCUUGCUCUUUCCCACCCAAUCCCCCCUGCUCCUUCCAGGAGUGGACCCCCCCCACCACCACCACCACCACCACCACCAACCAACGCCCACGCUCUCUCUCGACUAAAAUGCAGGAGGAAACGAGCAGCCACCCGGCCCAUGGGGGAUCUGAGAGUAACGCUUAUAUCGAAUUUUAAUACUAUGAUUGUUCUUACAAUUUUUAAACUUUAAAUGGGAAUACUGGAAUACUGAUACUGAUAUGAAGAGAUUUAUUGUUACUACUUAUCAUUACUAUCAUCGUCCUUACUGUUAUUACAGCUUUAGAGAGUUUCUGCCUUUGGAGGCUGGGAUGGCGCGCUUGUGCAUUUUCUGCCUAGUGAAGAUAAUCGUGUUGGUUAUAUAUUUAAAUAUAUAUAGAUAUAUAUAUAGAUAUAUAUAAUGUAGGUAUUUUUGAACUGAAAGAUGCAUAUUAUUUGGUGCACUGUACCCUUAACAAGAAGCAUUGCAACUUAAUGUGAAGCACAUUUUUAAUCACUUCUUCUGUCUUCAGUCAGUCUGUGAAGCUUUAAUCAGAAUCACACGAGGACCGUUGAGGCCUCUGAAUAUGAUUUCGUCACUCUUUUAAAAAUGAGUUGCCACUUAAUAUUAUGCAGAUGCUGAAAAUGUAGCAGCUGUUACUCUGGGGAUGCCCCUGAUACACACGAGUAAAAAUUAUGUCUCGCUUUAUUUAAGCACGUCCUAUAAAUUAUUAUUUUUUUCAAUUCUGGACAACAGCCACCCCCACACACCCCCCGCCCUCUUGAUUGACCACAUAUAUAUAUACAUUUCUUUCCUUUAUUAUUUUCUCAUCAGGUUUCAUGGCACAUUUACAUCUCAUUAUAACCUCAGUCCUGCUUUUCUCGCCGUUGCUGAGAUCAAAUAUAAGGGCUCUCUCAUGACCUCUCUACCUUGAACAACACUUCACCUCUCCUGCUGCUUUUUGAGUCCUCGAACACAUAUCAAACGUGCGUUUGACAUGGGGGGGGGCAUCAACAGGGGCCACUGCCCUCCUCAGUCUAUUUUUGCAAAAAGAUAAAAGAAGUUUUCAUUCAUCAUGUCUCUCAAAGUACACACACACACACACACACACACACACACACACACACACACACACACACACACACACACACACACACAGGCUAUAAAUGGGAAUGAGUAAAGGUCAUUAAAGGGGAUUUGUUUGUGUAAUCAUUGUGCUGCUGCUGCUGGUGGUCAAGGAAAGAUUGUAUAGGGAAAUAGCAAUAAGGACGAUGAAAAUAAUGGUCAUCUAAUUAUGGUUUAAGAUGUAAAAAAAAAAAAAAAAGUCUCAAAAGUUCUAAAGAAUCUCUGUCUUCCAAAUAAUGUUUAACAUGAAAAGGUACCAUGUAUUUAUUUAACUGUUCUGCUUUCUAUACAGUUCGACCUGUUCUCUGCAUCUGCCCCCUUCCACUGUUACUGACCUGACGGUGUUAAGAGCUCCACUCGGUCUCCGCUCCAUCAUUUGCAUCCUCUCGUUUGUACAAAGCACCUUCUGCAGUCGCUGACACGUGCCAGUAUGCUCACUGCUCAUUGUUUAUUACCAGCAUAUUAUGCAAUGGCCCUAUUUCCAUUAGCAACUGUGAAUUUUUAUUUUUUUAUUUCUUUAUUUUUUUGCAUUUCCCCUUUACAAGGUUUUGAAGUCAUUUUCAGCCUAAAAAAAGGGGAUGUUUCUGAAAGAGUAAAUAAGCAGAAUGUGGCUUCUUGAUCCACAGCCAGAUUCAGCUUGUUUCUAUCAGGUAUCUAAAACCAGUUUGCCAGUGUAAACAGGGCCAAUUAAUAACUUUGGAUUAGACAUUUUGAAAACAUCUCUUGCUGAUAUGAUGAUGUUCUCGUUAAGUGACUGGUGAGAAACUGGUGUUUUUGGAGAAUUGUUUUUAAUCCUUUCUUUGUGUUUAGUAGUUAUUAUGGUAAAGAGUGACGGGCUCAUCGUCGCUGUCAGGAGACAAAGUCAAGAUCUGAGGGAAUCGGUCCGACUCUAUAGAAAGCAUUUCUUUUCCUUUAAGAGAUCUUUUAAAAAAAUGAGAAUAUGAACUGAUGAAAGGUAACUUACAGAAUAUAUAUGUAUAUGUGAUAAUGCAUAUACACACAUUCAUAUAAUCAUAUAUGAAUUUCAAAUGUUUUAAGAGAUAAUAAAUUGUUAGAAUUAUAAUAAAGAUAAAGAAACAAA